AUGAACACAACAGACUUCAAUAAAAGUUUGAUGUUCGUGAUCAACUUCAUAAGAGAAAUCGCAGACCUACUUGAGGUUGCUCACGCCAGGUUGCAUGAAAGUUACGUGCUUGACGAGAGGGUGCAACUCUACAUGGCCAAUAACGUUGACGAUCUCGACGUACAAGCAUUACAUAAUACGUUUGAAAAGGCGGUAAUCGAUGAUCAAUCAAUGCAAGACAACAUUUCCUUCAUGUUAGGAUCAAUCCAUAAAAGGAUCAGAAAAUAUAAACGCAACAUGAAGGACACUCCUGCGCUGUAA